ACAGGGUUUCUCUGUGUAGCUUUGUGCCUUUCCUGGAACUCGCUUUGGAGACCAGGCUGGCCUCGAACUCACAGAGAUCCGCCUGGCUCUGCCUCCUGAGUGCUGGGAUUAAAGGCGUGCGCCACCACCGCCCGGCUUCAGAGCCCAUAUUUUGACUUAUCAUUUAUAGCUGCUUUUAUCACAGACUAAAUGACUCAUAAAACCUAAAGCAUUUAUUUAUUCAUUUGGUCUUGGACCAAAAGUUCUUGACUUCUUAUUCACUGGGCUAUUUAGAAACUGUACAUAUGAAAAUUUCAGCCUAUGAAACUAGAAUUUAAGAAAAUGAAUUUGAGCUGGAGAGAUGGCUUAGCAACUAAAAGCACUCACUGCUCUUCCUGAUGACUCAUGUUCCUAGGCUCACAACUGUCUGUAACUCCAGACUCCAGUCUUGGGGGAUGCAAUGACUUCUUUUGGCUUCCACAGGGAGCCAGGAACACAUGUAUAUGCAGGCAAAAUGCUCAUAAAUACAGAAAAAAUUAAGAUAAAAAAUUUAAAUGAAGAAAAUCAGGCAUGGUGGUGUGUUAACUACCUAGAGUCCCAGAAUUCAUGAGCAAAGGAUUAGGAGGGGGUCAAGAUCAUCCUUAUAGUAAGUUUGAGGCCAACAGGAAAACUGUCUCAAAAACAGAAUAAACAACAAAAGGGGCUGGAGAGAUGGCUCAGCAGUCAAGAUCAAGUCCUCUGAUCUUCUUCUUCUUCUUCUUCUUCUUCUUCUUCUUCUUCUUCUUCAGGUUUUUUGAGACAGGGUUUCUCCAUGUAGUUUUGGUGCCUGUCCUGGAUCUCACUCUGUAGCCCAGGCUGGCCUCAAACACACAGAGAUCCACCUGGCUCUGCCUCCUGAGUGCUGGGAUUAAAGGCGUGCGCCACCACCGCCUGGCGUCCUCUGAUCUUCACAGAUGCACUGUGGCAUGUGAACACUCUCACUCUACCUACCACACACACUAAAAUAAAUGAGGCUAGGCAAUAGUGGCACACACCUUUGAUCCAAUCGGCCAGCCUGGUCUAUACAGUGGGUUCCAGGGUAAACCAGGGCUGCCUAGUGAGACCUUGUCUCAAACAAACAAAACCAAUUUUGUUAAUUAGUAUUAACUACAUGUAAUAAAAUCUUUAGAGGCUUACUUGUACUUCAUGCUGUAAAAGGCCACAGGCCUUGGGAGUAUGUACACCAGCACUGUACAGAGACAAGGAGGGAAGCACAGGGGACAGGGGACACCAGGAGCAGUGCCAACACUGGAACACACAAGGCUGACCACCCAAUCAGAGGGUUAACUACAUUUUGCUCUGUUUCUGGUUCCCUAUGAAAUCUGGUAGCCAGAACUGGGAGGGGGAAGGCAGAUUUGUAGGGGAUCAGUCUGUAGUCAUCCAGCAUAUUCUCUGAAGAAAGGGCAGUUUAGAUUGAUUUCCCAUCUCUGCUCAUUGAAGUCUGUAGUGACAAGGGACAAGAACUCCAGUGUUGCGGUUUAGAGAGCCUGGGAUGAGGCCCAAGCCUUCCCUCUUCCCUUGGGAAAGCCUUCAGCUGCUCAUCUAGGCUCUACUCACCUGCCUCAAACCUGCUGUGGACUAACUUGGCGGAGUGGCUCACGCCUUUAAACACAGUACUUAGGACGGAGAGGCAAAUGGAUCUCUGAGGCCAGCCUGGUCUACAGAGCAAAAUCCAGGACAGCCAAGGCUAUACAAAGAAAUCCUGUGAUGAAAAGAUAAACAAAAACCAAAAAAACCUUGCUGUAGAGCUGGGACAUGCUCAUCCACCUUUCUGAGCCCUUGCCUAGUCCCUCUACAAUGUGUCCUGUGGGAAUAUUGAGCUGCCCAGGAAGUAUGGAGGAUGGAAUGGUGUCUCUUCCUUAUAGCACAGGCUCCUGCCAUUCAGCUCAUUUGGCCUACCACUCCACAAUGGAACAGUCUCGUACUCAGACACAUCCUUCUAUUUGUUGGAAUCAGGCUAUGUUCUAGAACCCUGCCCUCUCCAAUGCCUUCCUCACUUUGGAAUACCCUAGAAUGGAAGGAUUUUGCUGCCCCUGGACAGUGACCACUUGCUCCAGUUCCUGGGCCUGACUUGAGUCCAGGCUGUGAGCGGGAUGCGGUGGCGGGACCGAAUAGCCGUGGUAUUCUUCCCUCCAGGCAUGAUGCUCACUGUAGCUGCACUCAUGCUCUUCUUCCUACACAUGGGUGUCUUUGCUAGUGACGUUCACAACUUCUGUGUCACCCACAACUAUGAGCGAAUGAGCUUCCAAUACACAGUUGUCCUGAUAUUCUCCCAGGUGAUCAGUAUCUGCUGGGCUGCCAUGGGGUCACUCUACGCAGAGAUGACCGAUGACAAGUUUCUUCGAUGUUUUGCUUUGACCAUCCUGAUGCUCAAUGGAGCCAUGUUCUUCAACCGCAUGUCCCUGGAGUUUCUGGCCAUCAAUUACCGAGAGGAGAGACACUAA